GUACGAGGAGCCCACACCCUGCUGCGAAGCGGCACUGUCUUCCUGCGUCUCCCCGACAAGGGAGGGGGCGGGCACAAAACCAAACUCCCCAGGGCGCUUUCUUGCAGCGCGAUCCUGUGGACGUUUCCUCGCGAGUCCCCGUGUGAAUGGGGCUUGCUGCCAGGAUUAGUCUCCAGACAUCCAUAUAUAGGGCUUCGGGUGUGUUUGUUUUGCGGGGGGGAGGCCACAGUCUUAAAAGCCCCGAUAAAUACUGCAGGCUUCAUUUCCGAGGAAACACGCGUCGGAUCGGGCCGCGUGCCUCCUCCAGGAUGUGUUUCAAACGCACCCUCCUCCUCGGCUCCUUUGCAGAAAUGGAACCCGCCCUCCGCCCAACUCUGCUCGGAUUCAAGAAAGAUCCGAGUUACGAAGCAGGGAACGAGGAAACGGCGCGCCAUGCACGCAGGGUGUGUGUGUAUGUUUGCACACCCCGAGCCUGGAGCGUCACCGGGGAUCUCCUGGCCCCCGAGUGCAAUUGCUGCUCGCCACCCGGGAAGCUGGUCCGGGGCGCCGCCGACAGCUCGGACAGGCAGCAGCGCAUGGGGAGGUGGGUUUGUCCUCCGUACCUGCUGCAUGGGAACUGCAGCCCUUAGAAAAGGGAAACGAGUGGGGCAGUGCAAAAGAGAGAGAGAAAGAGAAAACACCCUUCCUACUGAAAACCCCAGGAAGACACGCCGCUAAAUUGCCGGAGUUUGCUCCCAGCCCGCAGGUCACUCCUUAAGACAGGAGACCCCGGCGAAGGGCUCGGCGCUCUGCUACUAACUGCCGCCACUGACACCUUACUUCCUGGUUUGCAAACUCAGGACCAGACCCAUCUCGGCGGAGUGAUUCGAUUUUCUCUCCUAGCCUCCUCCCCUUUUUGCUUCUGCUUUCUCUCCCCCCCCCUUCUUUUGCACGAAAAUAAUUUGACAGCGUUUUGCUGACACGGGGAUUUUGCACCAGAGAUUAAGAGAGAGGGGGGGCAGAGCCCCCACCCUAAAGUGGCAUGCAAGGAAUUUCAUGCACAAGGUGUCCAGAGUACGCCGAGUAUAUUAUCUUCUUAGAAUGAAGUCUGAUGCUUUUUCGGCCCGUUUAAUGAAGGAAUGAAACAUUCUCUGCCUGAAAGGGGAAACAGCCAUUCAGAAAGAAUUUAGUUCCAUAGUGCAAAUGGAAGAGCCAAAAAAAUAAAUAACUUCACGGACGAUUUCUCAGGGAUUACAGAUCUUGGUGUGUGGUUUCUUAAAAAAAAAUAAAAUUAAAAAAUUAAAUGGUUUUUGUUGAGAGAAAAUGGGAGAUCAGCAAAUGUACAAAACGAGCCAUGUUGUCAACAACAGUGAAAGCUUGUAUUACCAGCAGCAGCAGCAACAACAACAACACCUAAAUUCCCUUGCACCGUUAAACCACAGCUAUGGAACAUCAGCCAUGGAUGCAACUCAGGAAUCUCCGCUCUCCCCAUCGUUCCCUCAAGACACUAGGGAAAACAUAGCUUUGAAUGCUGGGUCCAAAACCCUUGGGUUGAUGGAUUCUCCUAGGCAAUCCAGUUGGGCCCAUUUGGGUUCCGGGAACCACGCCCCAGUGAGGAACAACCAAAACGUCAUGUGGGGCUCAGCGGGGCAAGGCGAAGUAACUGACGGAUACGAGCACCUGUGUUCCCAAGCCAAUGAGGUCAGGCCGCAGAAAAUGACCAGUGGUGUUUUGCAUAAGCUGGACUCCUUCGCCCAAGUGUUUGCAAACCAGAACUUAAGGAUCCAAGUCAACAACGUAUCUCAGGUCAUCCAGCCUUCGGCGAUGGGCGGCACUGGCGACAGCGCCCUUCGGCAGCUGCUGUCUCAGAAGCCUGCGGUGGAGCAGCAGCCCGCCGUGCAGAGAUACCAACAGGUGCCGCAGCAAGUCCACCAGGGUUUUGUCGGCGCGCCGCAGAAGCAGCACAUGCACAUGAUGGCGCACCAACAACCCCUCUAUUACGACGAACAGCAGCAUUUAGCCCAUCUGCAGAUGCACCCUGCCAUGCAUCAAGGGCAGGCCCACUUCCAGCAAAUGCGCUCUCAACACCUGCAGCAGCAGCAGCAGCUACAGCAAGAUCAAUACUAUCUGCAGCAGCAGCAGCAGCAGCAACAAUCCCACCAAGGACAACAUAGGCUUUUAAUACACGAGUUGCAACAGCAGCAGCAGCAGCAGCAGCAGCAGCAGAGGCAAUGCCCAGUGCAAACAGCUCAGUAUUAUUCAAUACAGCCUAUGAUGCAACAGUUGCAGCAGCAGCAGCAGCAGAUGCAAAUGCAACUUCCUGCCUUUCACAGAGAUCCUGACCAGAAGCCUCUGCACGAGACUCAUCAGUACUCUCAGGAUCGGGGUCAUUCUGUGCAGCUCAUUCAGCUGGGAGCAGUGCCUCAGUACUUCUAUCAAGAUCAGCAGCAGUCCUUCAGGCAUUUGUAUUCACAAAGCUUAUUGCAGCAGCAGCAACAGCAGCCGCCACCAGGAGAUGCCAGUCAGCCAAACCAUUACCAGAGCAACAACAAGGCUCAGGCACUGAUGGAUUCGCACCUUGGAUUCCCCUUGGCAGAAGGGACGGAGGGCCCAGUUCAGCAGGACAUGAAUUCUGCCGCUGGUGGCAUUCCUCAGCAACCUCUGAUACCCCCAGAAGGUAUCCACGUGGAUAGCAAAGGGCCACGGCCAUUGUCCCCUGGUCCAAUGUGGCCUCAGCAGCAGGUCCAUCUGCCUGAUGGAAGACUCCCGUCAGUUUCCCCCGAGCAAAGCAGCAUUCAUGAUAAAGAAACUCAUAGUGAGAGAUCUGAAACAAAGAGCAAACUCACAUGCACUGUAUGCUUGAAGGAAUUUAAGAGUUUGCCAGCCCUAAAUGGCCACAUGAGGUCUCAUGGAGGGAUACGGGCAUCUCCUGCCUUCAGACAGUGUUCUAGUUGGGAGCAGUCCACGGUUGAGGCUGAAUGCCUUUGGUUGUCUGCACAGGACGAAGGGGAGAGCCUGCCGCAGCCCCAGCACCAACACCAGCGGGAGCAGCUGCCCUCCGAGGCGGAGAGCUUCGUCCCCAUCGUCAUGCCUGUGUCGGUGCCCGUUAAGCUGCCGUCACCCGAUCCCAGCAAGCAGGCCGCUGACAGCAGCGCCGUGCUUAAAGAUAAGCCUGUCUCAGAUGAUGAGAUGCCCGUUCUUGUGAGGAUGACUUCCUCUCCGCCAUGCUCCCCUAACGUGGCCAGCCCCUGCUUGUCCUCUGACCUCAACAGAAAACAGCACCAAAGCACGGCCAACUCUGAAGAAAGCUUCAAACCGUUUCAAGACAAGAAAAAAUACCGCCACAGACCGGAGCCUCUGUUCAUACCGCCACCUUCUUACAACCUCGCUGCAUCCCACCUGGGCGCGACGCUGUACCAAAGCCAGCUUCGCUCUCCCCGCAUCCUGGGAGACCACCUGCUGGACAGCAUUCACGACCCCCCUCCUUACACCCCACCUCCGAUGCUCAGCCCGGUACGUCAUGGAUCUGGCCUCUUCAGCAGCGUUAUCACGUCCGCUCAUGGUGCGUCUCACCCCCAGCUGCCGCUCACACCUUUGACACCCACUCCCCGGAUGCUUCUCUGUCGAUCUAAUAGUGUUGAUGGAGUCAGUGUCCCGAUCACCCCAGGACCUGGAGAACAGACCAUUGACGUAGAACCGCAUAUCAAUAUUGGAUCGAGAUUCCAAGCCGAUAUUCCUGAACUUGAAGACAGAGCGUUGGUGGGGGAAGAGGACCACAUGGCAACUUUAGUUUGGAAACCAGGGCCAGAACUGGAAGAUGAAGAUAUCCAGCAAAGAGUGACCAGCCUUUUAAAUCUGUGUUGUUCAAGUGUAUUGACUGGUGGGGGAACCAACCUUGAAUAUGGCUUGCAUUCUCUCUUUGAGGCUAAAGGAGACGUUAUGGUCGCUCUGGAGAUGCUGCUUCUGCUGAAGCCAGAAAGAGCAAAAUCGCAUCCUCUGGCAAGUUAUCACUAUGCUGGUUCAGACCAGUGGACACCCGUUGAAAGAAAGCUGUUCAGCAAAGCAUUAUACACAUACGGCAAAGAUUUUAUUUUGGUACAGAAAAUGGUGAAGUCGAAGACGGUGGCCCAGUGUGUGGAAUACUAUUAUACCUGGAAGAAAAUCAUGCAUUUAGGACGAAAGCACAGAACACGCUUAGCAGAAGUGAAAAAUGAAUGCCUGACUAGCGGCGAAGAUGAUGAAUUAGAGGAAGAGGAGCAGGCAGAGGAGGACAAGAAGUCCGUCAAAGAAGAAGCCGAAAUUCAGAAUUCUCCUGAGCCGCCUUCAAUUAUUGCUGCUGAACCUAUUAACCUGCCUUCCUUGCAAAGCCCCACACUUCCAGCGACCUCAUUUACAUGUGAAAUGCCAGACUGCGGAGCGAUGUUCAACUCCAGACCAGCUCUGAAUGGCCACGUUCGCAUUCAUGGCGGUACAAACCCUGUGACGAAAACCCGCGGUGGGAGCCACGGUGCGAAGCAGAAAUCCAGCUCCCAGAAUGAUUACCCUGCCAAAAACUCCCCAGCUCACAGCACGACAAGUGGCGAGACAGACCCAACUACACUUUUCCCUUGCAAAGAAUGUGGCAAGAUGUUUUUCAAAAUCAAAAGCCGGAAUGCUCACAUGAAAACACACCGGCAGCAGGAAGAGCAGCAGCGGCAGAAAGCCCAGAAGGCGGCUGUUGCAGCUGAAAUGGCAGCUACGAUUGCAAGGACCACGGGGCCCUCUGGGCAUAGCUUGAUACCCUUGGAUCAUUUGGACUUGAUCAAGCAGGUUGAGGAAGCCGAUGACCUCAGCAGCGAUGUUGUUCAGGAAUUGGGAGAGGUCAUGGACGGUACUGAAGUGAUAGACCCUGACCUCUUACUGGAUGAAGACGACACAGAUUUGCUUCAGGAUGAUGUGGAGCUGUAGAGAGAAAAAAAGCCAUUCUGUAAAAUUAUGGAUGCCUGUUGGAAUUGUUUUCCUUCGGCUGGGAGGGUUAAGUGUUUACUUCCCUUUUAUUUUCAACUAUCUGAAUAGUUUGAAUGUUUUGUUUUUGUUUUGUUUGUAACUCGGGGGUGGAGGAGGGUGGGAUAAAUCUGGUUAUUGCUGUUGGUCCUUUUACUUUUUGCAACUGUGAUUGCAAAAAGAUUCAUUUUUCCCCUCAUUCGAAAGGUAUUUUUUGUCAAAUACCUUGCAAGCUAGUUGGUUCUGAGAAGUCUUAUUUCCUUACUGUUUCCUUUCAGGCAUUUACGUGACAAGUCCCCAAAUUUAUUUGCAACACCUCAGGGUUUUUGUUUUCCCUCCCACCACACCCCCUAUACGAGUAGAUUUUGGUUUCUUUUUCUUUUCAAGACGUGUUUCAUUUUGUGCCUUCAGCUCUGGCCUCAAAACAUCUGCCACAACAAAGAAUGCUGUCUCUGCAAUAAACAGAAGCUGAGACUUGGAUUGUUGGCAUCUGAAAGUUUUGCUCUAACAUGUCACCGGGCUUGUUAGAGGGCCUCUCUGCUGAUAGGACAAGUAGCUGUGGCAAGUUCUUUCCCAUUACACGGAAUGCUCUGUGGUGGAUGGAGGCUUCCAAGAUGUCUUCAGGUUUUCUUCUUAACAAGAAGACUGGCUUUGUAGAAAUGGAUGGGCUUGGCGGCCUAUUCCGCUUUACUUUGACCCAGAAGAAAUUUGAGCGGCCCUGAAACAAGCGAGAACAGCUAGAUUAGCCCUCUGUGAAUCUGCAUUCACUUCCUUCUUUCCCUCUUAUGAGGCAAUCUGUUUCUUUGAGAAGGGCUCUACUUGCGUUGUGCACUUCAGAGCUCCCAGUUAAACAGGAUUGAGGGAGGGAUACAGUGAAAUCAGAAGUCCACAGGCUUCACCAUGGGAGAUGCUGCUGAGGCACAUCUCAAAAGUCUUUUGACUGGAGACUACUGGCUUGGAUACUUGGACUUGGAUGUGCAUUCGUGAUAGGAAUGCACUGAAAUACCUCCAUUUGCAAAAGUUUUAUCACUUUUUUGUUUUAAAAAGGUUAUCCUUGAGAGUAUGCAGGGAUUUAUUAUUGUUAAUUAUUAUUAUUAUUAUUUGCUGCCUAGAGGCAGUGGUACUUAUCAAGACCUUUCCUCACAGAAAGAAGAGGGGGGAGAUUUCCACUUUGAGGUAAAGCACGUUAAGAUAUUCAUCAUGGCCAGAGGCCGUUUAUGUAUGUAUGUAUGUAAGAAAUAAAUAAAAAUUACAUAGCUUGGCUGAUAACGUUAGCAUAAAUAUACACAGUGGGGUUUUAUGCCUGCCAGCACUCUCUUAUGGAGCCAUAGGUUUGCUCUGGGAAGCGAUAAAGCCCAGCAAACAUUCAGCAGUUUGGGUCAGGGGGUGGCGGGUAUGGAAACGCAAUAAAUAAACACACACACACACACACACCUCUUCUAUAUGAAAUUUUUAUCAGGCCACAGCUUCCUCAUUCCUUUUCAGGGAAGUCAGCAUGUUCAACUUUGGAAUGACUUGGCUAGGGAGCUUGCACCUUUUUCCUUCCCAGAGCUAGGAGUGGGAUCAUUCCCCAGGCCACGGUCUUCUUGUGCAUCACCUCUAUUGCUUAUAAAAGUUGCAAAGUAUGAUGGGAAAAUAGACAGUUACUAUAUCUUACAUUUGCACCUCAGAGUCAGACCAGAGCCCUAGAAAAAGUUAAUAGUCAGAAACGUCUUUAUUUUUCUCAUUCAAAGCCAAACCGUUCAUAGCCAUGCUCCCACUUGGUUCAAAAGCUGCGCCAGGCAUGGGUGAGACUGGUGAGACGUGGCUCUUGGAUGCCCCCGAAUCAAAUGAAGAUUGACCCUCUUAAGCCAGGGCCGCUUUAGACAACUGAAAUUGUCUCCACUUGGCACAUUCCCCAGGCAUUUCAGGAAAAAAGUAGCACCUGUCCCAGGGUGUUCCCAGUUUACACCCAAUAGUUCUCAGUGGUGAUUCAGGGUUGAAAAGAAAUGUGUUGCUUUGUUCACUUAAAUUGCUGCCAGAAAACCGUGGUCAGAUACUAGUUUUCCACGCAGUUGCCUCUCCAGUUGGAAUCGCAUCCUCUGUGUGGCCGUGUCCCUGAGGAUCUGCACGGAGACAAUCUCCGAGAAGAUGAACUGGCUUUCAGUAUGAGCGGACCGAUUUAAUAAUCAUUGAAAGCAUUUUGAUAAAUGCAGAGGAACUAUUUGGGUGUUCCUUGCAAGCUACUCCUCUCUUUUCCCCAAGCUUUCUCCCUGAGAAUCUGUUCUCAUCAGGGAAUAGCUAGUGUCACCCAGGUUGUCUUUGGAGAGUUGGAUAUGAUUCUUCAGUGUGUCUGCCCAUCUCAGUCAAGGGGUGUGAUUUGCCUUCACCUGUUGCUGUCGCCCGACAUAGCUGAUGAAGAGAACUGGCAACUUGCACGCUGUGUGAGAUGUUUCUCAUAGGUCCAGCUGAUCACAGACAGCCUUGCAUGGUUGACCCUUUUCCAGGGGUUAGCUAAUGUAGGGAGUUAGGUGACACCUAUAAGCAUGCCUGCUCUCAUAUGAAAUGUUUGCUGGCAAGUGACAUUUUUAGUGUUCUUAGCGAGAUGCUGGUACCUGCAUGUCUGAGCAAAAUAUUUUCUCUCUCUCGGUAUUAUUUUCAAAAGGAAUGUAAUGUCCCUCCCAGUUUUCAUUGACUGGCAUCUACUGGGACAGACCCUUAAGAAUUCUCAAAAGUCAGGGAUUGUGUAUUUUCCAUCUGUUAUCUAAUCGGAUUCUGUUAACAGCUUGGCAGGGGACUGGCAUAAUGGUGGUGUUGUGUAGGUCAGUAUCUGAUCAGCUUACUGGUUAUUUGUUUUAGCCAUUGGCCAUAACAGUUACAUGUGGUUGCAGUAAAAAAAAACGCAUCAAAAACAAAAAAUAGAGGAGCAUCAUAAAACAAAACAUAUCCAGCCUAUAGGCAACUAAUUACACAAGCAUCCAGAUUUUUUUGUCAAAAGUUUUGUAGCAGCCAAGGCAAACAUAGCCACAGUUCCAGAGAUCUCUAUCCUGUUUGCAAUGGAAAAAAUAUUAUUUCUGCUGAUUUUACCAGUUGACAUACUCCUUCAGUAGGCAAAGGAAUCAUUGUGCCUUUAGGAUAAAACAAGAACAAACUAAAUAGGUACCACAGACUGUCUUCCGUUGCUUCCUCAUCACAAAUGCAAUAAUGCUGUGGUAUUGCCUGGCUAACACAGCAGAGGGCAUCAGCUGAAAUCUUACCAAUGUGUAUUCUUUCCUGUAGUGCAAAUCUAGACCAAUCAGUUUAACUAAUUCUUUUGCCAUUUGCCAUUAAAGUACGGUUACAUGGACAAAGAUUUCUUGCAUUUCCAGUUUAACAGGGUAACACAGAAUCUAAAUGUAAUACGCAGGAAAGACCAGCUGAGCUAUUCUUUGAAACCAAUUGGACAGUCCUAGGCAAUCAGGUUGCAAGUGUUUGGAAGCCUAUUGUGACAUAUGCAUGAUCUGUAACCAAUAAAUAAAGAGAGGAGGCUAAUGCGUAUAUAACAAUAGCUCCUUCCAAACAGAUUCAUUGAGUUUAUAUUUGACUAUAUGAUGCAGCAUUACACCAACAAGCCCAUGUAACAAAUGUCUGUUCUAGGUCAGGACUUGUUAAAACAUGGAAGGUUUGGGGUGAUACAUAUUCUUGUCAGCAAGCAAUGAUUUCUCCAAUGUGAAAUUGCAGUGUAUAGGCCUUUCCUUCAGAUUUAUAACCACAAAGUUGUCCUUUAGCAGUAGUCUUACAUCUCACUGGAAGGUGUUACAGGGGAAAUUGCCAUCUUGUAAAAGUAUUGUGGAGCAAAUGAUGUGUCUUAAAAUAACCAAAGAGAAUCUCAGAAUAAUUCUUGGAAGAAAUAUUGAUCCUCGUUUAACAUACAUAGGUUCUGUAUUUCUAAGACAAUUGCAGUGAUAAAUAACAUCUAAAUAUGGUCAACAUUUUGCUGGAAAAUCUGAUCUUUUAUUUCCCUUUUUGUUAAUGUUUCAUGUUUAUUGUGGUAUAAUUCCAGUAGAGAAUUAGAGAAAAAUUGUACAUAACAAAAGAAAAAAUCUAUUUUAUGGGGGAGGAAAUCUUAUUUUCAGACAUAUUUAACUGCUGUUAUAUUGUUACAGAAAAGCUGUAAAUAAUUUCAGAGUUACAGUGUAGUGUAAAGAAUGUUCUUUGGGGAUAAAAUAAUAAACAUUUUAAUGUAGUUCUUUUUAUUUUUGUAAAAAAACCUUUGCCUGUUACGGCUUAAUUGCACCUGAACUGCAUGUGGUUUAACUUCAGGGUGUAAUUUUAUUCAGGUUUGCACUAAAAUGUUUAAUUUCAUACGAUGAUGUGCCAUGGUGUUUUUUCUUUCUUUUCCCCCUUUCCCUUUUGUUUCUUUGGAAGGGGCAUGAAUCCCAGUUAGUUCAUGAGAGCACUAUGUACUAUAUAGAAAUAUUUCAUCUUUUUCUUAAAUCGACAGAAUAUUGUAUUUGUAAAAUCAAAGGGAUCCAACGUAACGCUGCCACAGAACAGUAUUUUAUACUUUUGAUAAGAUGUACUUUGCUGAUUUUUUUCCCUUGUUCACGUGACAAAAGAAUUCUUUUAAAUAAAUUAAUCUUCAUUUGAAA